GGGGAGGAAACCGACGGAUAUUUUUCGCCUGAGCGACAAAAGCCGUCAACACUGGAAUCAGUGUGCAAGAUGCAUCCUCUAAAGGCAAACGUCGACAAACUGUCAGGGGAGUAAAGCCUUGAAGAACAGGACAUCGAAUAUGCAACUCGUUUGCAUUCAGUUCUACGCAUGAAGUUAAUCAGAAGACUCGUAGAAGAACAAAUGCUGGACUGACUGCUGAGGAAUGGCAUCGGCGAUAUUCGAGGGGACGUCUCUGGUCAACAUGUUUGUCAAGGAUUGCUGGGUGAACGGGAUCCGGAGACUGAUCAUAAAUCAGCGAGGAGAGGAAGAAGAAUUCUACGAGAUCAGAACAGAGUGGUCAGACAGAAACGUUUUGUAUUUGCACAGGAGUUAUUCCGAUUUUGGGAGAUUGUUCAAAAGACUGGUUGAAUCAUUCCCUGAGGACAGAAGAGCUCUCUCCAAGUCGCCGCUUAUCGAAGGUCUGGUUAAGAUUAAAGAGGCCAGUGACAUUGAGCUGAAACUAAAUGAGGUGGAGAAGCUACUGAAGAAUGCCAUCAACAUGCCAUGGAAGUAUUCUAGGUCAGAGGUGGUGUUGACAUUCUUUGAGCGAUCACCGCUGGACCAAGUGCUGAAGAAUGACAACGUCCACAAGAUCCAGCCAUGCUUCCAGAGUCCAUACAAGAUAUCAGAGAUCAUGCGUUCCAAUGGCUUCUGUCUGGCCAACACUGAGACAAUCGUAUUUGAUGAGAGUCUUCCACAGGAUGCAGAGAGACCCUCAUCCACUGACUCUGCUGCUGGCUCUGCAGAACACCUGUACGAGGAUGGCAGGGAGUUCCUGACGGUGGAACCAGACAUCAGUGACGAUGACUCCGAUGCCUACGUCACAAACCUGUCUUACUACCAUCUGGUCCCCUUUGAGACGGACAUCCUGGAAUGAGGAGCCAAAAUGGCUAACGAGGCAGAGAGCCUAAAGAGGAGGAAAAACACAUAUUUGUGGGCACUGGAGGUGGUUCUGUUGACUGGCUGCGUUGGAGAAAUGGCACCACAUCCUUCUUAAUGCUCCCUGGGAGAGAAGGAAAAUCCCACCACUAGCAACUCAAUGCUGAAAUAAGGAAUUGGACUAUUUAAAAAGGAAAAUUAUACAUGAUGUAUGGAAUGGUUGAUUGUAUUCAUUUCUGUUCCAGUCUAGACAGUAGACAUUGAUUCGUGAAGGACCUUGUGCAGUGUGCAUGCAUCCAUCCAUCCACCAGUCAUGGCUAAACGGUACUCAACUAAUCCCGUGUGGCCUCAGGAGUACCCAACCAAACUCCAGUACUCUGGUCUCUCCGCCACACUCUUUGAACACACCAGUAUGUCAAGUUCAACAAAUGUCAGACAUCGGUGUGAUCAUUUGGAAGAUGCUUUUUGUUUUAUUACAAUGAUAUUCUAAUUUAAUAUAAUGGUAUUUAUUUUUAUAGUCGAAAUGUUUGACAGACUGGCUGUCAUAUCGCUAAGCUAACCGUGACCCGCCUUGUAACCUUGUUGAUAUGCUUACGGCCAGUGUGAGACAUAUCUUGAAACAUACUGCAUCUGCUCAGUAUUAUUAAUUAUAUUAAUCAAUAGUCUAAAUCCUGUCUGGAGGGGGGCUCUAAACUAACAAAUGGAAUUGUUAUAAGAUGGUCAUACCAAGGAUUAUUUAGCUAUUUGAUUUUGAAUGUUAAGGCCCCUUAAGGUAUCCCCCAAAAAAUAUUGGAUGAAAAAUUGAAUUUGGCAUUAGGCCUACUGUUAUUAACCAAUAGAAACACAUUGAAUAACAGAUGCACCACGUGGAACAACAGAUGGUUAAAAAAUAUAUAUUCUGAAGUGUCUGUCGAAUAUCUGAGAGAUAUAAGAUCAGGGAACUCUAUUUUUUUUUACAUGUAUUUAUCCCCUUGUUUUAGGCACUAAACUAUCUCCAUAAACUAUACUUCAAUAUAUUAUUUGAACUGGUACCGGGACCUUCAGUCUUGUGAGGCUUGUGGGUGUCCUAGAGCAAAACGGAGAACAUACUUUUUGUUGUUGUUUUUAAAAAAUGUUAUUUUA